CGUGAGUGUGAUGUCAUAGAGGUAUGCUCAAGUGAUCAGCCUUGCCGUCAAAAAUGAGCUUGCAUUCCGCUCAAACCGGACAGAAGUAGAGACAGCGUAGAGCACACGUGGAAAAUGGCUCUUAACUCUUCAAGCCUUCUCGGUAACGAAGCUCAACGCAAUAUUCAACAGCAGCUUAACGCGAUAUUCGGUCAAUUGAGCAGCGCAGGACUCACCGUGCAAGUUUUACAAAACAAAGCUGUGAUAACACAAGCAGCAAAUUCCGAAACCUUCAGAAUCGUCAACGGUAACGAAGCCUUGAAGUUCGUUAAUAAUUCAAGGUUUGCAGACAAAAUACUCUGUAUUGGAAAUCAGCGAUUUUUUUGUCAUAGUGAUUAUUUGGCUUUAAGAAGCGAGUAUUUUAGGGCUUUAUUUAACAACGAGUUCCGAGAAAACUCUAUGGACGAAAUUGCAAUAGAGUUGCCGGCGCCAUGCGACUUUGAACCAAUUUUGAGAUAUUUGUACACAGGGGUUGCCAACGAGACGGAUUCCAUUUUUCACGAGAAGAAUAUAUUUCCUGUGAUUCAAAAUACUAAUUUCCUAGGCGUUGAUGACUUGCUUUCGAAAGCUGUUACAGUAUUUGCAUAUAGAUGGCGGGUUUUGACAAAAUCUCCAAUGUUUCGCCGAAGUGUUAUCGACUACAAGUUUUUGAGCUCAGUCUUGGAGUUCGGAGCUCGGAACGACUUAUUCAAGAAUGGCGACAAGUUGAAGAUUGUCGUUUCUUGGGAUGAAGAGGAUUCGGAGGAAUUUCCCGAAUGUCGACAGCUUUUGAGGGAGCAUAAAUGCUUAGAAGAAGCGGCUGUUUCUGAUAUUGAGUGGGGAAUUCAGGUUAAACCCAAACUGUUCACUAGACUGGAUUCGUUAGAUUUCAGAAGCAUUUUUAACCGAGCGUUACAUGACUCGGAACGUGCCCAAGAAGAAAACCGAAGAAGCGAGGAGAAAAUCCGAGGACUAACGCAAUGCAUCCGAGUGCUCACGAAGCAGCUCGAAGACGUUCGGUGUCUCCGAUGCUUUACGAUGGUCCCCCGAGCGGCACUCAAGACUCGUACGUGCGUCACAACUCAACAUACGGGAUCUUAUGCUCAAAAUCGAGGAUGGUCUUGCUGCGGUGAGUUACAGAAAAGGAGUAAAGGCUGCAAACCCGUCUGUUUAUCACGGCACCGCAUCAACAGCCACUAAACGUACAUAUGGCCCAAGACAGAGUGAAUAUGAACAGAUUUUGUGUACAAGCAUAUAAUUUUCUUUUUUAUAAUUUUUUAUAUAUUGUGAAGCAUUGUAAUCAGAUAACAGAUACAAACAUUGGUUGUUUUUUUUAGUUCCUUUUUAAAUAUCUUGUACAGUAUUUUUUAAAAUAAACAAAUAAAGACGUUA